AAAAGAGCAGGUGGUCAAUUAAGCAAGGCUUGGAGAAAAAGCAAAGGACUCCUCCUAUAAUCCGUACCUCACCGCCUUACUCCAUCCCACUCUACAGCCUCCCUAUAUAACUUCUCUUCUCUCUUCCGCCGCCAUAAUAGCAGGAGAAAAAUGUUCAAGAAGGCAGUGGACGCCAAGUCUCACCAGCGACUUUCUGGCGCCGACCGGAAAAAGCUCCGUCGCACUAUCAGAGACCGUUUCUCCAAUGCCUCUGAUGCUCUUCUCGACGUUAUACUUCCUCCCAAAGCAGAGUUAUCUGUUUCGAAAUAUCCAAAUCGGGUACUUGUUUAUGGAUUGGAGGGCGAAUGCCCCAUGUUCUUUGACGUAGAUGGGCGAGGUCGUGAUAUUUUCCCUACAGUUUAUGCUCUGUGGAGAGUCCCAGAACUUUUGCCUGCUUUUGUGCUGAAAGGGGGUGAAGUUUCUCGUUUUAUGCUCGGAGGGGCAGAUUUAAUGUUCCCUGGUAUCAGUAUACCUACUGAAGGGUUCCCCUCAUUUUCUUCUGGGGAGCCAUGGGCAGUGAAGGUUCCUGGAAAUCCUGCCGCAAUAGCUGUGGGGACAACUACCAUGAGUAGUACAGAAGCUUUAAAAGCUGGUCUACGUGGAAAGGCCUUAAAAAUAUGUCAUUACUAUCGAGACACCCUUUGGGAAUCUGCUGAAAAUUGUCAUGUACCAAAUGCUGGUUUUCUGGAAGACGUCGUGUUUGAAGAUCCUGCUCUUUCCUUGAGUGGUAGGGCAUCUGAUUCAAGUGAAGUUGAUCCUUCAGUUGACCCAGGAAAUAUGAUUAGCAAUGAAGACAUGAGAGAAGCGAUUGAUGCUGAUACAGCUUCAUCAAGUGUUGGUCAGCCUUCUACUACACAGAAUGACGGAGCAGAUGAAAUUACUUUGCAGCUUACUAGUGAUCUAAGUGAGUUGAAGGUUGCAGAAACUUAUGCAGAUGAAUCAAAUACCGAGGGACAACAUUCCUUGUGUGUUGAAGAGGUAGAUGCACUCCUGGACAAGUGCCUUCUACAAGCAUUACAUACGACAAUUAAAGAGAAAGACCUGCCCAUCCCUGGAAGUACAUUUUGGUCAAGUCACGUGCUACCUUGCAGGCCUCCAGGCAUAACACUCGACAUAAAGAAGUCAUCUCACAAGAAAUUGUCCAAGUGGCUACAGGCUAAAGCCUCUGGUGGAUUGAUCUCAGUGAAAGAAGAUAAACAUAAGAAAGAGGUGAUUCUGUUCUAUGUUAAUAGAAAUCAUCCAGACUACAUGUCCUACAAGCCAGAAAAGAAAAAAGUGGACAAGACCGGGCCUUCAACAAAUAAUGUUUCUUCUGAAGAACGGGUACAGAAGUCACUGGAAGUUUCUGAGAUUUAUAAACCAAGUGUGCAUGUAAAUCCCAUUUUCGCUUCUGUUGGUGCUGAAACUAGCAGACUUUACACUGCAUCUGAAACCUCUGGAAUAGUGUUCCAGUAUGUUGAGAAAGAAAAUCUUGUCAAGCCAUCGAAUAAGUCCACUGUGACGUUAGAUGCAACUCUAUGUGAUGCUUUAUUUAAGGGAGCCAUAAAAAAGGGAUCAACUUAUCCAACUGAAAUUCAUAAGAAGGAUUUGGGGCAAACAUUUAUUGGUAGGAUGCAAGCACAUCAUUGUGUGACUAGAGGAAACGAUACAGUUGUUCGCAAAGGAGCCUUGAAGCCAAUCCAGAUAAUGACAGAGCGGAGGCAAGGGAACAAGAAAGUGACUAAACUUUCUGGAAUGGAGUCAUUUCUGUUGGAUGCAGAGACUCUGGCUUCAGAGUUGCAGAAGAAGUGUGCCUGUAGCACUACUGUGGCAGAACUUCCAGGUAAGAAAGGUGAAGAAGUUUUGGUUCAAGGAGGAGUUAUUGAUGAUCUUGCAAGAUACCUUGUUGAACAGUAUGGUGUCCCAAAAAAAUAUAUCGAAGUGCUUGAUAAAACAAAGCGGUAAGAAACAUGCAAGGCUGUAAAGAAGUUUGAUGAUAUGCUAGUGCUGUUAGAUGCACACCAUACAAAUGAGAAGUUGAAACGAAAAUAAAUUUUAUGAUUGAUCGAUCUUUCAGAUACAACUGUAGGUAGGCAUGCUCUUUGCGCGUGUACCCGUAGUAAUCUGUAUACAGCAUUAAGAAAAUCACAUAUACAAAUUAAAUGAUAUUUUGCUUCUUUUUUAAUAGUGUUUUGUCUAAAAUUUAAAUGUUAGCUGGAA